AUGAUGAGUGGAUGUGGUGUACUCGAUGUAUUGAUGCCUGACAAUAGUUCAUCAUCUAUUCAAAAUCAGCAGCAAGAAGAUUUGAAUGGUCUUGGUAGAGCGAUGAUCGCUCUUGUUGCUGGGAAUUUACAGGCAGCUAGGCGUGAAAAUAUUUCCAAUAAUUCUCUUCAUGUAUUUCACCAAAUGUCUUCUGACAUGAGAAAUUUAAUCACACAUUUACUGGGUUCGUCAGUUCAACAGAAUAAUCGUUUACGUAGUAUAAAUGAUGUGAUGCCUAUGAUUGGUGCUCGAUUUUACAGUCAGCUUGAAACUGCUCAAAUGAAAAAUGAUUUAUUAGAAAAUGAAUUUUCGAAGGAAUUGGAAAACGGGCGGCUUUUUCGGCUAUUAUGUAAACUUAACUCUAUCAUCGAACGAGCUGAAUUUCAAAUGGAUACAAAAUGGAGCGAAACCGGUGAUAGAUAUCUUUUAAAAUUGUUUCGAGAUUACCUUUUUCAUCAAGUAACUGAAACUGGCAAACCAUGGAUUGAUAUGGCCCACAUAAUUACUUGUUUAAACAAGCUUGAUGCUGGUGUUGCUGAGAAAAUUCAGUUAGUGUCACGUGAUGGCGAAAAUAUUCUGAUAGCAUCAUAUGCAGAUUUGCGACGUUGUGUUGAAACUGCGUUUAAUGAAUUGCAAAUUGCUGCGGUUCAAACAAAUAAUCAUAAUCAUAUAAAUGCUGCUGUGUUGGGACGUCGAUAG